CACUGUUAUAAUGGAAUCUCCUCUUUUUUGGUCGCCUUGUCACGUUCUGGGUAAAUGUGGUAGAGAUUAUUGUCCCUACUUUACAGAUAAGGAAACUGAAGCUCUGUCACCUGCAGAGGGCCAGGAGACAAAAUGUUACCACAUUUAUCCCCGAUACCAUUGACUCCUGAAGAGAAACUAAAAGAUGACUCACUCAAAAAGGAGAGGCCAUAUAGGAUCUUUUUUAAAGAUCUCUUUCUUUACAAAGAAGAUGAAACUACAAGGAAAAAGGAAAAUUUUUCGAACCGCAACAUGAAAGUCCACCAAAAGUCUACUUUCUCAUCUCGAAUGAAGAGUCGUUCACACCUGAGCCAAAUAAUGUUUUACUCUGACACAGUUGGUGGAUCACUUGCAAAAUUUGAGCUAGAUCCCACUCUUAUUCUCAGAUUAACAGAAGGUAAACACAAAAAGACUGUCCAUGAAUUCAUUAAUGACCAAAGAGACAGGUUUCUGCUUGAGUAUGCUCUGUCAACCAAAAGAAAUACAAUCACAAAGUUUGAUAAAUACACAGCAACGAAGGAACGGCAACUCCUGAAAGCAGAAACAAAGCUCCAAGAAGAUGCAAUGGCCUUUGAAGAAUUCCUUCGAGAAAAUGACCAGAGAUCUGUAGAUGCCCUUAAAAUUGCUGCACAAGAAACUAUAAACAAACUCCAAAUGAUGGCAGAGCUAAAGAAAGCAAGUAUGGAGGUACAGGCAGUGAAAAGUGAAAUAUCAAAAACAGAAUUCCUCCUUAGAGAGUAUAUGAAAUAUGGAUUUUUUCUGCUAAAAUUGUCUCCAAAACAAUGGCAAAUCCAGCAAGCGCUGAGAAAGGCGAAGAUGUCAAAGAGUAAAGAAAAUAUGAGUGGCGGUCUUGCAAAAAGAUUAACAAAAUUAAAUACAAAGAAAAAACAGAACAGUGGUGAGGGCACCAAGGGGAUAUCAUUUAUAGAAGACUAUCCUCUGGGAAAAGGGAGCCAAGGUAAUGUUUUCUGCUCUCGUUCUCAAUCUCAGGAAAAACUGAUAGACUCUCUUAGUAAAAAAAUUAAUCAAGUUUACAAAGUCUGCAUUGGAGAUGGAGAUGUUGGCAGCCUCGACCCUAUUCAAAAGCUGGUAAAAGUAGAGUCUCGCCUGGUGGAACUGAGUGAUCUCAUGGAAACCGUUCCCAAAGAAAAUGUGGAGGCAAUUGAGAGGAUAAAACAGAAAGAACGACGGCAAAAGUUGCGUGAAGAGAAAAUGAAAGAAAAACAAAGACACCAGGAGGAAAGGCUAAAAGCUGCCCUUGAAAGAGCAGUAGCACAACCAAAGAAAAAGCUGGGAAGACGACUUGUCUAUCGUUCAAAACCUCCAUCCAGUGACAAACAGGAACUAUUUUUAAUCAAGGAUACAAAAACAAAACCAGUAGAGGAUGAAUAUUUUUUCACUUGAAUUGAAGCAGUAAUGUUUUAGGUAUAUUUUGUAGAUUUUGGCUUUCAAUGAUGGCAAUAUUCUUCUAUAUAUGCUGGCCUACCCAAUUUGAAGAAAGGCUUUGUUCUCCAGGUUAUAAGAUUGGGAAUGGGAGUUAUUUUGUUUUGUUGUUGAAGCCUUUUAUUACCCAUAUUUUAAGUAUUAUUCUAAACAUUAUAUAUCUACACGUUGAGUUGUCCCAGUUGGGGAUUCACAUCUAAAGUCUACUGAUGUAACUACAUGGUGAACGAUCACUAAAUUGCAGCAGUGGCAUUCUCUGUCAACAUCAGACUUUAAAUGACCCAUUUAAAGUCUGGUUGAAAAAACCAGUCCACAGGAAAGUUCACAGUACACAUUUUAUCACCGUGGAGUAGGGAUUUUAAUGUUCAACUCUAAUACAUCUUAAGGGUUUUUGAGGAGUUUAAAACUGAAAUGAAAACUACUAGGUUAUGUUCUUAGAAUAUAAUUGUAAGACUGGUUUUUAACUCACAUUAAUGAGUUCUGUUCAGAAAAUUUAAUUCUCUUAAGUGAACAAACCAUGUCUUCAGCCUAAAUGUGUUUACAAUUUCUGUUGUGUUCUAUAUCCACAAUCAUUUAAAUUUUCAGGUGAUGUUUCAAUUUUAGCUAUAAUAUGUGUACAUUAUUUAGCUUAUGCUGAUAUAUUAUGUAAUUUGUCAACUAAGUAAAAUACAUUAUAUAUUUAAUUGUAAGAAAAUGUUUAACUUUAUACAUGUUAAAAAUGGCUCAAAAUAACUUUAAAAGCAGUUGCUUUUAAAAGGUCUCAGUUAAUAUAUAAUUACAAGAAAAGGGAUGAAAUUCACCUUUAUAAACAUAAAGCAUAUAAAUAAUUUUCCCUUUUAGAAAAAAAUAGAGUAUUGG